AUGUGCAAAUCAACUCCUUAUUUGUGCACUGGAUAUGACCUCUAUGUUACAAGGGAACCUUGUGUUAUGUAAGUAUCAGUACAUAUUGUUAAGUGACACUUCAGGCACAUUACUUCAGCCACACCCCACUUCCCUUAAGUGUGAGGCAGUUACCACUAAAUUCAAUGUUGGGUUAGGGGAGGGGAGGGGUAGGUGAGCACUUUCCCAGAAUAUUUUGUAGAUCCAAAAAUGUGAUAACCAAAGGAAAAAAUGUGUUACCUUUUAUUUGUAUGUGGAUAAGAUUGGGGCUUAAAUUGGGUUAAAAUAUAUAAGGCACAUUCUCAAACAGAACCAUCAUAACUUAGUCAUACUAUGUUGACUUCUUGCAGGUGUGCAAUGGCCUUAGUCCAUUCAAGAAUCAGGCGUGUGUUUUAUGGAUGUAGUGACAAUGUGUUAGGUGCCUUGGGGAGUAGAUAUAAGAUUCACACCCAGACUGGACUAAAUCAUCAUUUUGAAGUGUUUUCUGGCCUUUUAGAGGAAGAAUGCAGACGUUUUUUUGAACAAUCAUUUGCAUAUGACUUAUGUUGAUUUAUUUUGACAAUGGUAAUGUCUAACUGCCCCAUUUUUCUGUACACCGAAAAUUAUAGUGCAACACAACCACUGCAAAAUAAUACUUUUUAUUUUAAUUUUAAUUUAGCCAGAAGGUACAUCCCCAAAGUGGCCACAUACCACCCACGAGGGUCGUGAUUUAAGGAAUCCAUCAAUUCAUCAACGUCAACUUCAACUCAGGGUAUUAUAUUUCAACUAUUCUUCAGUCCUGUCACCUCAACCCAACUUUUCCCUGAAUCCCAUGAUCCUGAUUUUCAUGUGAUUGUUAUUUUCAGUGUUGUGCUUCUUAUUUUUUCUUUCAAUCCUAAAUCUUGCCCACAUUUUACCUAAAAAUUUUGAUUCCCAGCCUUCAAAUAAGGCAAAUGACGCAUCCCGAAAAACCUUUUGGAGACCAUCACUUAAAUACCUGAAGCUACCUGUCCAAAACUGCUCUUGUACUUUGUUCUACAGCUAGUUAAAGUAUGGCUACAGGGACUGGUCAUAUGCAGGUUUAAGUGCUCGCAGAUUCUUCAUAGGUAAAUACAAAAUCAAACUAGAAAAAAAAUAAAUGUAGAUAAAAAGUUUUUUUUACGGCAGUAUUUUACGCUUCCUUGGUCUCAGUCCUAUAAAAUGGUAUUUUUCUAGAAGACGUGCCUCUCAUGGAAACGUGACUUCACGUGAGGUUGAAGCUGUGUCAAAUUUUUAGAAACUAGAAGUUCAUUUAGCUCGCUAAAGUGAGCUAAAAUUAUCAACUCUGGGAUUAAUUUUUUCUUCUCAAAUCAGCAAUCUUCAAGAAAGCCUGUGGCCAAGUCUUUUCUAACUUCAGUAGAGAAUGAAUUAUUCAUUGCCUGAUUUUGGGACCGGACAAAAGAUUUAUUGAAAAAUAUUUGACAACUUGAUGACGUCAUGCAUUCCAAGUCAUCGCGGAUCGGGGGCAGCAGUCGUCUAACAUUAUUACACGGUAAAUUUACUGCUUUCAAAUAUAUGAGUUCACAGAUCUGCCUAUUAAUGUUCGAGGACAAAAAUAACACGUUCUAAAUUUCUUGAAGGAAAUCAGCAAAGUAAUUUUAGCAUCCAUUGUUUAGUUAUUUCACUAAAAAAGCCAAAAUAGAAAUGGACAAGAAUUACGUGUUAACAUUGUUGGUUGCCAUGAUUGUGGCUUUAAUGGAUCCCGUGUGGAUAUUACGGGCAAAUGCUGCUCCUAUGGAUAAUGGAACUGCAAAUGCAACGAGCACUGUUUUAUCCGACAACGCAACAGCAAGCAAUGGGAGUUUGUCGCUGGGAAAUUUUUCUGCUCCCAACGUGACAGUUUCGUGCAAUGAGACGGCUCUGAAUUGCAUAUCGAAGGUGGAAAUUAACAAUGCUACCAUUGAGGUGAAUUUAACCGAUGUUUGCUUAGCAAACGGAACAAUCCAACUCAUCAUUUGUAACGGGACUACGUUAAAUCUUACCAAACGCUGCGAGACAUUAAAAGCGGGAAACUUGACGAUUGUCUGUGUAAAUGCGAGCGUUAAUUCUUCAGCCGGUCUUGUGGUUUCCAAUGCAACGCAAUCUCCCGCCACAUCCAAUUUUACAACUGAUUACACGAAUGCGACAACUACCAGUGCGGCGAAUAAUGUUACAGCACCGUUUAACACGACUGGGGUAUUAACUGCAACCCUAAAUGCAACUUCCACGAAUCAGUCUGCUACGGCUAAUGGAUCGUCGACUCAGAAUCCGAACUCGACAAGCGUUUUAAACUCCACGAUUUCCACCCUAACAGAACAAGGGAACGCUUCAUUUGCAAACGCAACUCAAACAGCGAUCACAAAAUCAUCUGCCAGUACUCCGAGCGCUGCACAAAGCAGCGAAACUCCUAGCACAACACAACAGUCCACGACAACCCAGAUGUCAACGACGACAGUGAAAUUAACAACAACGCCGCAGGAUACAACUCCGAAAUCGACAACAGAGAAAUCUACAACGCCGAAAUUGACAACCACAGAGAAAUCUACAACCACCCCAACAACAGAGAAAUCUUCAACGCCGAAAGCAACAACUUCGGAAUCUACAACAAAGCAGACUUCUCAAACGCCGGAAUCAACAACCAAAGAGUCGACAACCAUCAGUACUACAGGUACUACAAAGGAAUCGGUUGUUUCUCCAAGCAUGAAAGAAACUACAAAAGAAAGUACAACCGAGACGACCACCAAAAGUACAACUGUUAAAACUGUGGAAACAACCACAACCCUAACAGAGCAGGAAAAAUCAUCACAACCCACAAAUACACAGCACUCAAGUGAGUUGAAAUUUAUUGUUACUCCCAAGUUUGAUAAUGUGAAGAAAAGUAAUGAGAGGAAAAUAAAGAAUAACCCAUGGGAAAAUGAGGAGGGGAAAUAUCAAUAUCCCAGUUUUCAAAUGUCCCAUGUCCAGAGGAUUACAUAUUUAAAGAUUAUUGUGCCAAGGAUAAAAUCAUCAUUUAUUGCCCAAUGCAAUAUACAUUUAAAGACCAAAAAUGAGGGACAGCUAACAACUGCUUUAGCAGUGCAUGAAGUUCCCACAAGUUUCCCUUUUGGUGCAAGGAAUUCUUAGUCUUUUGCACAUUACCUUUACACACUGAACACCCUUAAGAUUCCGAGGGUGUCAGCCAUUGGGCUCCUUAUAAUUUUUAUUCGAGCACAAGCUUGCUAUAUCAUUUACAACAAUGAAUGAUAUUAUAGUGAAAUAUUUAUAGCUCAGGGAACACAAAUAACUCCCUGCUAAUGCAUUGGAAAUGAAAUAUUAAGUAAUAUUAAUUUUCUUUUGUUUUAUCUUUUCAGUGCCAUCACCCAUGGACGACGAAAAGGUAAUGUUAAGCUUUGUAAGAAUCCUUUCUUCAAAUAUGAAAAACCUUAAGACAGAAGACUGAAAAGUCUAUAUUGGCUCCAGUAUAGGUUUAUAGGAUAUUAUUUUGAUGUCUCAUGCAACUGAUGUUUCACUACCUAGAAUGCAGACAUAGAUCGAAAGCUGACUGUUUGGUUUACGAGCUUAGCAGAAUUGUGUAGAGUUGUACAGGGUACAUAUUUAUUAUUGUUUCAUGUAAAAUGCUUGAUGUUGGUUUUUUAUGCUGUCACUACAUGAUAUUAUUAGAUGUUGCGUCCACUGACUAUAGAGCAUUAAGGCAUUCAAAUAUCAUAAUACAUGAAGCUAAGGCAAUGUUAAAAAAAAGACUUUUAUCAUUUUGGGGAAAAGCCUACUUGGCUGCUGUAAGCUACUAGUACUGAUGAAAAAAAAACAUCCUUUCAGCUUCCAUGCACCUGUUUCUCCAUUCACACGGCAAAAAUCCACUAAACAGCUGGAAGUAAUAUCAACAAUAACAGACACUGCACAUUAACAUACAUAUACUUCAUUCAUCGGGGGGAGGGGUGUUGCAAGGAAUAGUGGCCUCCAAAUCUACUGUUUGUACUCCCCAAAUUCCACAUCCCUGGCAGUUUAUGCAACCCAAUAUCCUCAAAGCCAGCUGCAUUUUUGUCUAAAAAAUAAAAUGAUAUCCCAAUUCGAGCCACGAACAGUAGAGGGGAAGAUUUAAUCAGUUUUAAAAAGUAUCAGUAACAGUGUAUGGGUAAUUGCUCAGUGCCCCACACUCCUCCACUCUCUCUGAGAGUGAGGUCAGGUUACCCAUACGAAUGGUUUGUUGUUAACUAAUUUAAUCUACUCAACAGACUGUGCGAUUUUUCUAUGUGAACGUGCUUAUUCCUGUUGGAGCUGGUGCCUGUACUGCCCUGGCCAUUGCAUUUUUGGUUGUCCUGUGCAGAUGCUGUCGCAGAAGAAAAUUAAAGAAAGUCCGCUAUUUUGGAAAGGUCAGGAUUUAUCACUAGUGGCACUCUAUAAUCAGCUUAUCUUGGAAAGGUUGUCAUACAAAAGAGUAAAAGAGUGUACAAAAUUGGCAAAACAGCCGGCAAAACAUAGUCCAUCAAGCCUUAAUGCUGAUAAUUUGGUUUUUAUUGCACUGAAAUGUUCAGUUGAGCAACAGUGGACUAGCCACUAACGACAACAUGUUUUUGCACUCUCUGGUACUCUUUUGUGCCUUCUCCAGACAAUAUUGAGCUUACGCAACAGGAUGGGAGAAGAAAGAAGAUGGCAAACUUUGUGUGACAAGUGUGACAAUAAUUUUGUUUGAAAAACUUUUCCGCUGAACUUCACCUUCCUUUAAACAGGUCAUUUUGUAAAAGACCAGAAAACAUAAACUUGAGUGAAGAUCACCACAAAACAGUAAUAGGUCUGUCACGUUUGUCACACACGAGCAUUUUGCUGUCCUCUUCUUUCUGCAGUCCUGUUGUGUAAAAACACUAAUCUCUCAGACUCUGAUUAUCUUUAUGUCAUAACUAACAUGAUGUACCUCGGGUGUGGAACAGAGACAUAUUUAGAGAGGGAAACACUUGACAAUUAUUACAAACAGAACUGAUAAACUUAAUUGUCCUCAACAGCAGCACAGACUGUUAGUUACAUGUACACAGACAGACUAUUGGUCUCAGACAGAUAAAUCAGUUAAAUAAACAAAUAGUUAUACAUGUACAAUCAGACUACUCUUCUUCCAAAUUGAACACUGCCCCUUUAAACAUUAAGAUAUUAUCUCUCUUAGAAAGGAUUAUCUGACAGAUAACUAGUCUGAGAUGGAUAAUUAUUUGUGUUCCCAGUCAUCAGAAAUUAUCAGAUUGACCCAAUCUAAAUAUGAUAUUCGAUUAUUGUGGGAAAAAUCUCUUUAUAACAAGAAUUCCAUCAUUUAUAUCAUUUUCACCCAUGUGCUUGUUAAAAUAAAAGGAGGCCGCACCUGUGUGUGCCCUAUGUUGCUUGUCAGAACUUCCCAAAUUACUCUGGGAAGGCCUCUUGCAGUGAUUUUUUAGAAAUAGUUGUGGUGAGUCCUGGGACUCAUCUUGUGAAAAAUUGUAAGUCCCACUCCUGAACCAUUGAUUCUCAGUUCAAAAAAUGAGUUGUAAAUUGAGAAAGCUUGGUUCUUUAUGUAACCAGGAAGUCACUGGAUCUGAAGAUAGUUCACUGUUCAAAAUUAAAGUAUAGUCCUUCUAUUUAAACAACAAAAAUAAGGGGGCUAAAAUAAAUCAUGCAUUGUUAAAACAGCCACAGAAAUCACACAAACAGGAUUUUGUACAAAAACGUCUUCAGAUUGAUCGAUCUUUGCAUCCUUCGGGACGCAUCCAUUAUAUUAUCUGGCGUCUUUGGUAAUUUUCAUGCAUCAGGGACGCAGCACACAGAGGUAACAAAAUCACUGCUUUUAGAUGUUGAUCAAUACUGUCAGUUUUAAAUUCUUUCUUUAUAUUUUUAUUUUUUUAGGCUUCUGGAGAGUUGGACAUGGAUAAGUUGAAUCUGUUAUCACAUUCCAGUGAUGAAGAAUAAUGUAUUUCUAUUCGAAUGCAAGGACUUAAAACAGUUUUUUCAUUAUUACAGCUCUCCUUUUCUGGAUAACAAAGAUUAUUAUGGUGCUCUUAGAGACCCAAGCACCACAAUUAAUGUGUGGCCGACUUAAAAACCAUUCAUAUGGCAAUUCAUCAAUGGUCCUUUCACAUGGUACUAUUUAAUUUGCUGUAAAAAGAAGUUCGUCUUUUGAGUAUGAAAAGAUAUACUUCCUUGGAAUACUUUAACUGUCUUUGUCUAGCUACAACUGGGUGUAAGAUGUCCAAUCAGCUUGCCAAGGCAAGGAUUAUUGUACAGACUGUUACAAUCAUGAAGAGACAAUUGGGAUGUUUUGACUGGCCUUUUGACUGGUGUUUGUGGUCUUUCAUUAUUGCCCUAGCUCACAGGCAAAUAUUUGUAAUAAAUAUGAUAAAUUUGGCAAUCUAUUUUUAACAUUCUUUUAUUGUAUUUUAAAGAAAUAACGUAUUACAUUGAAAUUUUGUAAGGAGGUCA